AUGUCGGAGGAACAACCCACUGUGGCCUCGGCCGUGGUUGUCCCCGAUGCUCCAGAGGCCGUAUCCCCCAAAGCCUCGAACAAACGACGCCAAUCAUCAGUGUCUGAGUCGGGAAGCAAACGUCCGCGAUUAAGCAGAGACAGAGACCAUGAAGAGAUCCGGGACACGGCACCUCCACCCGCUGAAGAUGAUGGCCGGGCAUCUCGACGAAAGAGCGGGCAAGCAGAGGAGCGCAAGCGGGGACAAAGACUGUUUGGAGCUCUACUCGGCACACUGUCACAGAGCUCAUCUACAGCAGCGCAGAAACGACGAGCCGAUAUCGAGAAGAAGCAGCAAGCUAAGCUCAAGUUGCAGGCUGAGGAGUUCGAUCAGAAACAGAAGGAGCGGUUAGAUGAGCUCAUGAGAGUCCGGAGGCUGGAGCAGAAGAAGUUUGAUGAGCAAUCAAUGCGUAUACGGCAUUCCAACCUUCUCCACAUGGCGCAGUUUCUACAAACGACUGCAGAGCCUAAGAUUUACUACAAGCCUUGGGAGCUACGACCAGAAGACGAUGCCCGGAUCAAGUCACAGAUCGAAGAAGCCCAAGCAACAGUAGACAGGGAGCUUGAUGAGUUCGAAGAGGGGCGGGACAAAGAAAGAAAGGUCAACGGAGCUAACAGCGACGAUGCUAUGCGGGUUGAUGAGGAGCUGGAUGGACCAGCAGCGCAGGAUGAGCCUAUGGCUGCAGAACCUCCGGAUCACCGCCAAGAGCCUUCCAACGAUAUCACCAACGAGACCUCCAAUGAAAACCCCAAUGGGCUCUCCCACGAGCUUGCCGCCGAGACAGAUGGAGGUUCUACGGACAACAAACCUUCGACACUCUCAGAAGGAACCGAACCGGUCGAAAGCAGAAAGACACCAGAGCGCGAAAACAGCAAAGAUAUCAUGGACGACACGAAUGGGGAUGUCGUGCUCGAAGCAGAGGAAGACACUGUUAUCUACUAG